AUAUGGGUCAAUCAUAUAACAGAUUUUGUCUGUCUCUCUUUUACUUUCAUACCCAUGAGCAUAAUCCCAUCCAGAUCGCAGGCUUGCCUUUCGGCUAUAUAUCGCUAAAGUUGGUAUUUAGAUUCGAUGAAUAUUCAACGAUUGGAAUCGCGAAAAGUGGCGAUCAAGUUUGGUAAAGAGGAAGAUUCGGACAGAGUGCUGACUUGACCCCAUUUACUUUAAAAAAUAUCUCGUGCCCGGUCAAGAGUCACUCGAAUAUGCCGAGAAAGUUUUCUUGGUGGGCACAGACCUCAGACAGCCAACAGUUCGAUUCCAUCUGGCAAAACCAGUAGAUUGAAACAUAGCAAAACGUAAAAUGGCUCGGUUAAGUGGAUUUGUACUGCUCCUUGCAAUCGUCCUUUUGGCAAUUUUUGUGGCCGAUUGCCUCGCGGAGAAGAGCACUAAUAGACAGAAGCAGCAGAAUCCCAGACCUGGAAACCAAGGCUUAGGUAACCGCAGAAACAAGCGUCCUAAUCCCCAACAAGGACAGAAGCAGAAGCUCGACAAGAAACAGGUGCAGAGCGCCCAGGAACCCAAGGUUUUUACUGCAACGGUUCCCGUUUUGGGAAGGCUCCGAGGAAGAACUCUCACCACCGAUUGGACAGGAAAGAAGAUAAUGCAGUUCUUGGACAUACCCUAUGGAAAAGCGGAGAGAUUUAAGCCAGCUGAACCAGCACCGUCUUGGAGGGGCGUUCUUCCCGCCCAUCGACCGCACGCCGGCUGUCCAUCCAUUCAGGACCUGGUCGCAUUUGCCAAGCUAGAAGAAAAUGGCUUUGACGUGGAGGACUGUCUGCGGCUCACAGUAAACACCAAGGCGAUGGAGGGCAAGUCCUCGCCGGUAAUGGUGUACAUCCACGGAGACUUCUUCUACGACGGCGACUCCGUGGAGGCAGCUCCAGGAUAUUUGUUGGAGCAGGAUGUCGUCCUGGUGUCCGUGCGCUAUCGCCUUGGUCCUUUUGGCUUCCUGUCCACUUUGACCGAGGAGAUGCCUGGCAAUGCCGCGGUCUCCGACAUUAUCCUGGCGCUCGAGUGGGUGCAGCAGCACAUCGUAUCCUUCGGUGGCGAUCCACAGCGAGUGACGCUCUUCGGCCAAGUGGGCGGAGCAGCGCUGGUCAACGUGCUCACCCUGAGUCCGGCAGUUCCAGCAGGCCUCUUCCACCGCGUCAUCUAUCAGUCGGGCACCGCUCUGUCGCCCGCCUUUAUCACGGACGCGCCACUGGGCUCCGCCAAGGCCAUCGGGCGGAUCGCAGGUUGCAAACAGCCCGCCAAGGUGGAUCAGCUGAACAAGUGCCUGGCCCGCCUGAAUGCCACCAUGCUCCUGGCCGCCUUCAGCGUCCACGGCGAGGACCAGCCCUCGUUGUCGGGUGGAGCGUACGGGGGAGUGCAGCUCGUGAUUGGAGGGCCAUCCGGCAUUCUGCCGGAGCACCCCGGUCGCCUGCUGGCCGCCGAGAAGUUCCGGGCUUAUCCCACAAUGGGAGGUAGCGUCAAGCACGGCGGCACCUUCAUGCUCAGAGACAUUUUUGCGGAUAUUUUCAACGAGACGAUUUUGGAUGACAAACUGACCGCACGGCAGUAUAUCGAUACCAUUAUCGAACAGGCCAAUGGCGCGGAUCCCACUGGAUCGUGGAGGGAGUUCUCCGACGAGGAGAUAUUUACUGAUGCUGAUGUUAAGAACGGCAGCUUUAGGCGCCUAACCCCUGGUCUGAUUGAUCUUUGCAGUACGAUAUCGCUAAAGAAUCCUGUGCUGCUGGUCCUGCAGGCCAACGCAAAGAAGCUGCCCAACAGUACAUACCUGUACAGCUUUGACUACGAGGGUGAGCAGAAUCGCUAUGCCACAGGUGACAACGAGGCAAGCUUCGUGCCCUUUGAUAUGGGUGUUUCGCUUACGGACGACAACCUGUACCUGUUCCCGUGGCCGCGAUUCCUAUCGCUCAACUCGAAUCGCGAUCUCAAGGUGGCCCGGCGCAUGGUGUCCCUGUGGACGUCUUUUGCAACAACAGGGGUUCCCCAAGCACCCGGUCUGCCCACCUGGCCGACGAUGAGUGACGAAACUGGACCGUACAUGAGGAUCGGCCGCACCGUCAGUUUCGGCGACAAUUACCUGGACGAAUACCGUGUUGCCGUGGAGGAGGUGAAACAAGGUUACAGCCUGGUCAACGAGGACUACUACGAUCUGGAAUCGGCUCUGUUGGCGGCCAGCAAGCAGGGUCAGUGGACCGCCUCCAACGAGGGGGAUGAAGAGGAUGAUGUCGAAGGCGAGAGGGCUGCCAAUGAGGCUCGUGGCCAAAACUUGGUUUUCAUUGCUAGGAAGUCCACGCGCACCCAGAAGCAAUAAACCACACACCUUCCAGACCCAAAUGUUCGCUUUUAUUUAUUUUGACGAAAAACUGUCCUAAUAUAUUUUUUAAUUGAACAUACAUUGUUUUUCUUUAAGCGAUUUUAUAGUUUAAAAAAUUGGCAGUCAACCCUAUAUAAAGUUGCAUGUGAUACAUAUACACUCAGAGAAAAAACCGCUCUCAGAUCGAUUUAUACUUAAAUUCUCAAAACCGAGAUCGGAAUCUUCUCGGUUUGCGAACGGCUUUUGAGAAUGUGUGCUGUCUAUAUGAAAAUGAAGUAUUUUCGGUCUCAGCAUCAAAUCGAUCUCGAUUUCGAAAUAAAUAGUUCUCCGUUUCAACUUCGAAUCGAUCUCGAUUUCGAGAUGAACACAGAGUCGCAGCUAACCGUAAUAACCUCCCGAUUUUUUAAAGAGAGGAGUUCGGGCUCACUCUCAUUUUUUCUUGAUUAAACCGAGACUGCUUUCGUCUCGAGUGAGGAGACAAAGUUCUCAAUCUGAGAAGAACCGAUCUAGGGUAUUUUCGUUCUCAAUUGUCCUGGGUGUACACAUUGAUUAGAUAUAGAUAAACUUGAUUGUAAAAUUUAAAUUUUUUGGGAUAAAAAUUGCUUAAGUUACUUAAUAUUACAUUAAUUAAAAUGUUGCUACAAUAAUUUACGAAAUUUGUAUUGGUAAGGUAUGGCUAUCGAGAAAAUGGUCAAUUAAUACUAUUGUAUAAUAGUACUAGGUACUAUUUUCUGACUUCUAACUGAGAAAAAGAGUUCAAGCGCGGCGCAUUUGCUUUGAUUUAAAAGCGUGCUCAAACAAUAAUUUAAAGAAGUGGCUUUCAUCACGGCCCCAUAAAUCAUUUUUUGGACUGCUCAGGAGCCAGGUGGACAAAAGUUGGGCUACGAGAAGAGUUCAAAUUAGAAUUAAUUUAAAAACAUAAUACAAUUUAAAUUAAGUGUGACAACUCUUUUUUUCCUUGAAUUCAUUAUUUUGUUAGCCUGAGAUCAGAAUUGGCAGACAUUGAUGCGCAAAAAAUAAUUGACUUGCUUUAAUUGACUUAACGCCAAUAAGUAACAGAGAUGCUCAUUCAACAAAUUUUUUUUAAAGAAAUCUUAAAAAACUAAAAUAAUACAUAAAAUAAUAAUUAAAUAAAUAUACAUGUGGGAAUAGGUCUGGCAUCCUUGUCAACCGAACCCACCACAGAUGAACAGCACUACUAAUUAUCGGCGUGGUGAAAAAGGAAGUCUGGUACAACCACUUAGAACGAGAGAGACGAAGACGAAAGACGUGAAUUUUAAACGACGGGAGUAAUAAUCAAAAACGCUGUUAAAAUCCCU